AUGGCCACUCCAGACACCAACCCCAGCCAAACACCCAGCAUCUCAUCCCCGCAAACCAAUCCCCUCCCCUUCUACGAUUCCAACUUCACCACCUCCAACACCAACAACACUACCAGCAACAACAAAAACAACAAUGAAUCCUCCAUCUCAUCCAUCCGUCAAACCCUCAAAACCCUCCUCUCCCAUCUCCCACCAGCCCUAACAACAGCCCUGACCAACCUCCUCACCCUCUCAACCCAACACCCCCACCUAUCAACCUUCAUCCUAAGCCAAACCCUCUGCGCUGCAAUCCCACUGCUCCUCUUCUUCUUCGGCGUCAUCAUCACCGCACUGGUCGCCGUGGUCAUCGCCGUGGUGAUCUUUGUUGAUGCAUCGCAGCUGGUUUUGAUUCCGGUGCUGAUGAUGUCGUCUGUCUUUGCGACUGUAAUCUGGGGAUGGAGUUGGGCGGUUUAUUUGGGUGGGAGCUGGGUUUUGCGGGUUUGUUCGGGGUCCGGACAGAGAGGGCGAGAGGGAGAGGGAGAAAGAGAAGUGGAGGGGAGGAUGGAUUGGUUGGAUGAAGGUGGUACUGGUGGUGGUGCUGGGGAGACAGGUCAGAAGUAUGAUCGUGGGAAGGAUGGUGCUACGACCAAUAUCAAAUUGGAAACUGCUGAUAUUGCUACGGAGCUGGGCUCUGUGCCGGAGAAGGGGGUUGGGGAGCCCAGUGAGAAGUAG